CGCCGAACAAGAAGCAACACAUCACACACUCGUCUCUCUCUACUACCAUCUUUCCAACUGCUAAACUCCCUGUCACCAUUUCCCAUCAGCACUAAUAUUCACAGUAAAACUGGCUGAACCUCACUUUUCUUGAAUUACUGCAGCGGAAGUAAUUCACAUCAAUUAGCGACAACUCCCACCCAGCACAUAAACUUCACUUGAUGAACAGGCAGCCAGCCAAAAAGAUACAAAAAAAGUUCGACCGUUCACUGAUCUGCUCAUUCCUCAUCAUCUGCUGCGUCAACAUUACAGGAAUUAAAGUGGUGUGUGGAUGAAUUUAAAUCAUUGGAUUUGACCACUUCUGUUUUGUGAGUGUGACCACAUUCCUCAUUGUGUCGCCUGACAUAUAAAGUACUGUAUCGUGCUUAUUCGAAUUACUACAGUUGUUUAUCUCGUAUUCCGUCCGUCCAUCCGUCGUCGUCGGCUUACAUUGGUGAUCACCAAUAACCAAGUAAAUCAUCAUCGUUACCGUCGAGUGGGUUUUGCGGACCAUUACGGCUCCAAUUUCUUGUUUUGCUGAAUUACUACAUACUCUAGACGACGGGAUACAAAGUCAGCUGAAACCUGCUGCAUUUGUUGGGUUGGUUGGUUGGAUGGUGGUUGGUUGGUGAGAGAGCGUCUGCUUUUUUCCAAGUACUUCCAAGAACUCACCACUACUGGAACAAGUUUUAGCCCUGUGUCAUCGUGAUUCGUGACUCUUAAUGAUUAGAGCUUACGAGCUGGACGACUAAGCUGGUCAACAACGACAGCUCAAAUAUAAUAACUUCAGUGCUAGGAGACACACCCCCCAGGAACGAGUGCAGCGAGUUAAAAAUAUAUACACCACUCCUGACCAGUCCACCAACCGUCCUUUUCUAUUUCUAGACCAUCAAAUAUUAAUUCGUCCUCCUCUUCUAGCUACAAAAUCCUACGACGACAACGUCAGAAUGGUCUAGUUAUUAUUGUUGAAAGUUGUUCGUAGACUGAGAAUAUUGAGAUUGGUGUGAGUAUGUUCAUGAGUCGGCUCCUGUCAAUAAUCAAGUGAAGAGUUACACAAGUUCAUGUCCAGAAUGGAAGAGUAUCAAGAACAAAUCAGGCAGGAACUGUCAGAGAUUGAGUCAAAGGAGGGAUGGAAUUCUCGCUAUCAGAAAAUCCGGAUGGAGAGCAUAUACAACGAGUAUUCAUGCACCGAAGCCAAAGCACCCUGUAACAAAUUACUCAACCGGUACCGGGAUGUGAGCCCGUUUGACCACAGUCGCGUCAUUCUUAAUAAAGGACCCUGCUCAUACAUAAAUGCCAGCGUUGUGAAGGUGAACGAAUCUGGACGGACUUACAUCCUAACUCAGGGUCCACUUCCUCAAACAGCCGGCCACUUUUGGCUCAUGGUCUGGGAGCAGAGAUCUAAGGCCGUUUUGAUGCUAAACAAAGUUAUUGAAAAGAACCAGAUAAAAUGUCACCAAUAUUGGCCAGUCGGAUCAAAGAACGGUGGCCACGAUGACAUGGAAUUUGACGAUGUAGGCAUCAAGCUCGUUCUUCGCAAGGAGGAAGAAUUAAGACACUUUAUUGUCAGAACAUUCAGUUUGGAAGACAUGUCAACGGGUAACUCUCGGGAGGUCUUACAAUUCCACUACACAACAUGGCCAGAUUUCGGAGUUCCGAGCACACCCCGGGCGUUCCUCCACUUUUUACAAGUUGUGAGAGAUAGCGGAGCUUUAAAUUCCAACGUAGGACCCCCAAUCGUCCACUGUUCGGCUGGAAUUGGACGAUCUGGAACGUUUUGUUUAGUUGACUCGUGUUUACUCAUGAUGGAGGAAGGGAAACCUGUGAACAUUAAUGAGAUUCUUUUGGAGAUGCGACGCUACAGAAUGGGUCUUAUCCAGACUGCGGACCAACUGCGUUUUUCUUACUUGGCCAUCAUUGAAGGCAUCACUCAACUCGCAGAGGGAAAGAAGCGAUUCUUGGCGGACGAAGAGAAUGGAGACUUGAUUGAGUUGGACGACAAACCUUUGCCACCUCGCAGGAUUGAUUCAUUGCCACAAAAUCCUGUUGCGGAAGAGUUAUUUAGACGACUUAUUGAGGACCGGCAAUUUGUGAAUGAAAGGCCCCUUCCAGAAACACCAUCGUCAGACGACGUUUCAGAUUCCAGCGAUGAUUCAAGUUCGGACGAAUUGGAGGACGAAGAAGAUGAGAUCGUCGGCGGUGGUGACGGCGACGUUGCUGAGACCACGAAAAAUAUUCCUACAAAUGGCAGCGCGUUGAAUCACAACAACCAUCAUCACCUCCACUCAUCCUCUUCCGACGCCAAUAAUGGCAGCUCCAAAACGAACGGCGUGGAGGGGGCGAGUGAGGAGAACGUGGCGAGACGACGCUUAAAGAAUGAAGCUCUGCGCGAAAAGAUUCGUGAGAUUAAAGCACAUCAGAAGGAAUCCGAAGCCAUGAAAGGAAUUCACAGGUCUAUUCCACGGAAAUAUUUAUUUUUAGUCUUGAUGUUUGGCGUAGGCGCUUUUUCCUUGUACUAUUACAGGUCGUCUACGAGCUAGAUUGGUUUGAGGUGGAUGAAAAGAGGGAGAAUCUUCUUAAUUGGUAUGGUCAGUCUCCUCGCUUCAAGUUUUUUGUGUCUUCUCCUGACUCUCUCUAGACUAAUAGUGAAAGUAACGAAUAAUACAUCCCACCCAUCACAUCACAUCACUAAAGAGCUUCCUACGUCCCACCUAACAAUAUAAGGGGCGGAGGACCUAUAAUCCCACACACUGUCCACAGAAAGCACAAAAAAUAGUAGUUGGCAGUUACCUCAUAAUAAUGAUAAUUUAAUACUAAUAAUGCGCGUGGUGUGGUGAUAGUUGAUCGGCACACCCAUCGUUCUACUUGGUGGGUGGGUGGGUAAUGUGAACCUGACGGACUGACGUUUGUUGUUAUUUUUUCAAAUCAGUAAAAAGAAACAUUUGACUGUGUGCGAGAGUGUUUGAUUCCUACAAAAAAUAUUUUUUGUAGGCUGUUGUUCUAUGUACGUGCAUAGGACGAGUUAAUCGGAGGGUACUAGCGGAUAUGAGGGGGAGAAAGUGCCCGAGAGAUCUACUAAUCUAAGAAUAUCUAAUAGUAUAGUUAGUUAUUAGUGAUGAAGGGUGUCUGUCCACAAUUAUUUAUGCAAUUAAUUAGAUGAAAUUAUCACUACAAAUUUAAAACUAUUUAGAAGGUACGGGAUUGUGUAGAUAUUUUGAUGAGAUGCGAGGGGAGCAGUGUGGCACAAGAGGCUGACAACAAUAAGCAGCCCCCUUGCAGUUGAUGAGAUGAGACAUGACUGAUUUUGAGGACAAAGUACAACCUUUUUUAUGCGAAACAAACAUUACACACUGGAGAGCUCUUCUUCCCACCACUACACACGUUUUUGUGUACUAAUAACUCUCGGCAGGGAUGAUUAACUUAAUCACAUUAGUUUAGGUUAAGGGAAAAUUAGGCUUGUCUGUCCGGUUGGGGUUUAUCCACCGAACUGCGACGAGAUUUUAAAUCUCGAGAACGUUUUUCCACAUACAAAUUUGUAGCAUAUUGCCAAACAAGGAAAUAUCACAUUGAAUAGGCAGAUUUAGAUACAUAUAUAGUUAGUAAAUAGGUACAUGGGUUCAAUUUCUACUCCCAUAUUACAUACGCACGCACAUAUGUAUGUAUGCAAUAGUACGCAUCCCUGCUCUGUUUUUGACCAACUGGGAUGUAUAUUUGUAUUCGUCCAUGCCGACGUUAUAAAAUGGAGGGUAUUUAUUUCAUAAUAAUUUGGAGCUGGUUGGGGGUGUUGCGUAGUGAGGAAGAGGUCGGGGUGUGACGGACUUAAUAGAUGAAUGUGUAAGCGUUUCGUGUCCCCCUGUAUAAUGUAUGUAGAGUAGGAUACGAUGUAUGUAGACUAGACGAGACUGAUGAACUUGUAAUAUCCGUGUGUUAACCUUGUUGAUUCAUGUUUCUUAAAAUGUUUGAUAUAUUUGGAAAUUAUUUACUAAUGUGGAUUAAACCGAAAUAAUACCCCAAAGUUUUGAAACCAAA